AAAUGCGUUUUUGUCAGCACUUUUGACAUAGUUUGACAGUCAGUUUGUUUACAACAAAAAAUGAAUUAUUUAAGCGAAGUUGGGAGUUUAUUAUAAGUGUAAUCUGUGGUGGAUAGACCCAAUUCGGGUGAUUAAAAAUGUUGGAAGCUUCAACCAUCACCCUGGAGAAAGUGUGGCUUAAAACCGAGUCUACCUACGAAGAAGCAGACAUAGUUAAUGCCGACGAAAUCACACCCCAAAUAUCAACAGCCAGUUCUACGAUAAAGAAAGAGGAAUCGGAAAUGGUGUUCAUCAAACCUGAAUUUGCAUUGGAUAACCUAGCCGGUACUCAGUCAUCAAUUGUACAGUCAACGAACGAUGCAAAGAAGAAAUCCAACGGUAAAGUUCUGAAGAGCCAAGAUCUCCAGCCAAAAGAAAAGCGAUUUGUUUGCGGCCAAUGUGGCGCUAGUUUAGCAAGUAGAAACACACUUCAAAACCAUCAGCGAACCCAUACCGGUGAGAAGCCCUUUAUCUGUGAAGAAUGUGGAAAGGGCUUCGCCGUAAACGCUGCUCUUGCCCGCCAUAAACUGUUCCAUUCCGGGCUCAAGCCACACAUUUGUUCGGAAUGCGGAAGAGGAUUCAGUCAGAGUUGUCAACUGAAGUCACAUAAAUUGACGCAUACCGGAGUCAAACACCUGGUGUGCGAGGACUGUGGAGCAAAGUUUUCAACGUCAUCUGGCUUCCGAAUCCAUCGACGAUCGCAUACCGGUGAGCGACCCUUUGUCUGCUCGGAAUGUGGAGAGGGAUUCGUUCGGAAGAAAGCUCUCACGCGACACAUCCUUGAUCACUCUGGGGAAAAAAAAUUCGCUUGCGACCAGUGCGACAUGAGAUUCUUCGAGAAGAAUUUGUUGCAAUCGCACCAGAAAACCCACUCGGAUCAUAAGCCCUUCGUUUGUGAAUGUGGUAAGGGAUUCUAUCACAGGGCCGGUCUAAAGUCACACAAAGAUACACAUUUGGAAGUUAGGCCGCACGCUUGUCAAAUCUGCGGUAAACGUUUCACACAAGGUGGCACCUUAAAGAUACAUAUGGUUACGCAUAGUGACGUGAGGCCCUUCGGUUGUGAAGUAUGUGACAUGAGAUUCACACAAAGUUUCACAUUGAAGACGCACAUGCUGAAGAAGCAUGGCCAACUACCAACGCCUAAACCCAAAAAGCAGGUGAAGAUGCGAAAUCGAGUGCCUGCUGUUGAGACAGAGGUGAAAAGUGAUAGCUGCGAUGGAAACGCAGAAAGGAUGGAAUCAUCAAACGGUCAAGCCGUAAAUUCGUCCCAAAAAGCAAACCAAAACUCGGGUCGUCCUCCAAACAUCGAUGACGGAUUUAAUGAAUUUCAUGGAACGUCGGAUAAGUCACAAACAAAAUCAGUUUUCAUGACCGUGAAUGGUGACAGUGAUGAUAAAACCUGUCUCGAAAUACAACAACCGGAGCAAAUGGAUGAAAUGGACACCAGUGUAGAGCAAAUAAAAGUGGAACCGGUGGACAAUAUUGAAAAUAUGAAUUGUAAUGAUGACGAAAGUGAACCAGCAGCACCCAAUCAAGUCAAACAAAAUCGUUCGGAAAACAAACCAGAUCCAUCGGUUGAAUUACCAUUCUCUUGCGACAAAUGCGACAGAAAGUUCUUAUUGAAUUCGGGUCUGAAAAGGCAUCAACGAAAGCAUAGAGAACGCACCCAAAUAAUUUGUGACGAAUGUGGCAAAGGGUUCAAGCAUAACUAUCUACUCGAAAUACAUAAGCGCUCACACUCCGGAAUUAAACCAUUCAAGUGUGAUGAAUGCGGAGCCACCUUCACCCAGAGAUGCAACUUAAGCACACACAAAUUGAGCCACAGCGAUCUUAAGCCAUUUUCGUGUGAUGUGUGCUCCAUGAGCUUUUCGAAAAAGGCUGGCCUCAAAACGCAUAAGCUAACCCAUACGAAGGAGAAACCGUUUGCGUGUGAUGUAUGCGGUCUAAGAUUCACACUGAAGCAUCGGGUAAAGCUGCAUAUGCGUUCACAUACCGGUGAUAAGCCCUACGCCUGUGAAGAAUGUGGUGCAAGAUUUGGCCAAAAAUGGUAUUUAACCACGCACUUGAAGAUUCAUGCCGGUUUGAAGCCAUUUUCGUGUGACGAAUGUCCUUCCACGUUUAUCUCGAAAUCCUCAUUGAAAGUACACAAAGGGUACUCUCAUCGCGGAGUUGACGAGCUUUCACCUCGUCACAGACGUAGGAUGCAGAAGCUGCUUGCACAAGGAAAAACAUAGCGGCGAAUAAAGAUUUUAAUUUAGUUCAAAAUGA